UUACAGCGAAAACAUCGUGUUUGAAAGAAGAUAUUUCAACGAGUAUUACAAAACAUUCAAGCAAGACAUAACAGCAAAUCAAAGAUACAAAGUGUGCCCAUUACACCAAACGAUUCGCAAAGAGUGACCAUCACAUUUGAAUUUUAUAAAAACCUAAGUUUUUGAAAAAUGGGCAGCACUCAUUCCGCUGAAAAUGUGAAGAGCGGAGAGGACUCGACCAGCCCGGCAAGUCCUGGUAUUUUCUGCACUCCCCUUCCCGGUUUCAUAAACAAAAUCCAGAAAAUCCUGCUCCGCAAAUUGAGCAUUUCGGCCAGGAAGCAAAAGCGACUGAGCAAACGGCCCAAGCAAAUCCUUCGGCCCAUGCCCCGCUGCUCGUCCUUCGGAUCCUGCGGCACCCUGCUGACGCCCAGUAAGAAGUCCGGAUCCACUCUAGCCGAUCGUCGCUAUGCCCAGUGGAAGUGCAGUUUCGAGCACUUGGCCCAAAAGCAGCAGCGACUCCACGACAUCAGUGAGGCAUUUACUGGACAGACCACGCCCCGCGGAUUCCCCUCCCACACGGAUCCCAAGAGAUGCCUGCUUCCCGAGGAGUCCGCUCUGCCGGAAUCCCCACUCUACGACAUGGUCGGUGGCCAGAAGAUCCGUCGCCGUCUGAGCCUGCGCAGCCACGCCCCCGUGCGACGCCCUUCCGCCCGCCAGAAGGCCGACCUGGCCAAGGUCGAUGCCCAGUUCCAGCGUGAUCUUCGCGAUCUGGAGGAGUACUACGGCGGCUUUCACUUUGCCCAGCGCCGCGAACGACUGGUGAAGAUCUAG